AUGGCCGCCUCGAAGCUUGACCGCACCCCGAGCAUCCGCGAACGCGUGGAGGACACCCUCCACGCCCACCGCAACGAGCUCGUCGCCCUCCUCUCCAAGUACGUGAGCAAGGGGAAGGGGAUCCUGCAGCCGCACCGCAUCCUCGACACGCUCGACGAGGUCCAGGUCUCCGGCGGCAGCGCCUUCGCCGAGGGCCCCUUCCUCGACGUCCUGCGCUCCUCCCAGGAGGCGAUCGUGCUGCCGCCGUUCGUGGCCAUCGCGGUGCGGCCGCGGCCGGGGGUUUGGGAGUACGUCCGCGUCAACGUGCACGAGCUCAACGUCGAGCAGCUCAGCGUGUCGGAGUAUCUCCGCUUCAAGGAGGAGCUCGUCGACGGCCAGCACAAAGACCCCUACGUGCUGGAGCUUGACUUUGAGCCAUUCACUGCCUUAAUCCCACGUCCGAGUCGGUCAUCGUCGAUUGGAAAUGGCGUGCAGUUUCUCAACAGGCACCUGUCCUCGAUUUUGUUCCGCAACAGGGAUUGCCUGGAGCCCCUGCUUGAUUUCCUUCGCGAGCACCGGCACAAGGGGCAUGUGAUGAUGCUAAAUGACAGGGUACAGAGCGUGGGAAGGCUUCAGUCUGUCCUGACCAAAGCUGAGGAGCACCUGUCGAAGCUCCCAUCUGAAACACCAUAUUCACAAUUUUCCAAUCAAUUUCAAGAAUGGGGCUUGGAGAAAGGUUGGGGUGAUACAACUGAACAUGUCUUAGAGAUGAUACAUCUCCUUCUGGAUAUUCUUCAAGCACCAGAUCCAUCUACACUAGAGACAUUCUUGGGGAGGAUCCCAAUGAUCUUUAAUGUUGUGAUAGUUUCACCUCAUGGAUACUUCGGUCAAGCUAAUGUGCUGGGCAUGCCAGAUACUGGAGGGCAGAUUGUUUAUAUAUUGGACCAAGUUCGUGCUUUGGAGGAUGAAAUGGUUCUUAGGUUAAAGAAACAAGGCCUUGAUGUUACCCCUAAAAUUAUCAUUGUUACUCGACUAAUACCAGAUUCAAAAGGGACAUCAUGUAAUCAGCGGCUUGAGAGAAUAAGUGGUACACAGCACACUUUCAUAUUGCGUGUUCCCUUUAGAAAUGAAAAUGGAGUACUCAGGAAAUGGAUUUCAAGAUUUGACGUGUGGCCCUAUCUGGAGAAAUUUGCUGAGGAUGCAGCUGGUGAAAUUGCUGCAGAAUUACAGGGUACCCCAGAUUUCAUAAUUGGAAACUACAGUGAUGGAAAUCUUGUGGCAUCAUUGCUAUCUUAUAAGAUGGGAAUUACUCAGUGCAAUAUUGCUCAUGCACUGGAAAAGACCAAAUAUCCAGAUUCAGACAUAUACUGGAAGAAAUUCGAUGAGAAGUAUCAUUUCUCUUGUCAGUUUACUGCUGAUAUAAUCGCUAUGAACAAUGCUGAUUUCAUAAUCACCAGCACGUACCAAGAAAUCGCUGGAAGCAAAAACACAGUUGGACAGUACGAGAGCCAUACUGCUUUUACUCUUCCUGGCCUGUACCGCGUUGUCCAUGGGAUUGAUGUUUUUGAUCCAAAGUUCAACAUAGUAUCUCCUGGAGCAGACAUGUCUAUAUAUUUUCCAUUCACUGAAAAGGACAAGCGGCUCACUGCCCUUCAUGGUUCAAUUGAGAGCUUGAUUUAUGACCCAGAGCAAAACGAUGUACACAUUGGACAUCUGGAUGACCGAUCAAAACCAAUUCUCUUCUCCAUGGCAAGACUUGACCGUGUUAAAAACAUGACAGGACUAGUGGAAGCUUAUAGUAAAAAUGCUAAGCUAAGGUCGCUGGUAAACCUUGUUGUGGUCGCUGGCUACAACAAUGUCAAGAAAUCAAAGGAUAGAGAAGAGAUCGCAGAGAUAGAGAAGAUGCAUGAACUUAUUAAGACAUAUAACUUGUUUGGGCAGUUCCGCUGGAUCUCUGCCCAGACGAACAGGGCUCGCAACGGUGAGCUGUAUCGCUACAUUGCUGAUACUCAUGGUGCCUUUGUGCAGCCAGCUUUGUAUGAAGCAUUUGGUCUCACUGUUGUGGAAGCCAUGACCUGCGGACUCCCUACUUUUGCAACACUCCAUGGAGGGCCUGCCGAGAUUAUAGAGCACGGGAUCUCUGGUUUCCACAUUGAUCCUUACCAUCCUGAUCAGGCUGCCACGUUGAUGGCUGACUUCUUUGAAAAAUGCAAACAGGACCCCAAUCAUUGGGUUAAGAUAUCUGACAGAGGCCUCCAGCGCAUUUACGAGAAGUAUACAUGGAAGAUUUACUCCGAGAGGUUGAUGACACUGGCUGGAGUUUAUGGCUUUUGGAAGUACGUUUCGAAGCUUGAAAGGCGGGAGACUAGGCGUUAUCUUGAGAUGUUCUACAUAUUGAAGCUCCGUGAGCUGGUGAAGAGUGUGCCGCUUGCAAUAGAUGAGGCGCAUUAA